AUCCACUUUGUAGAAACCAAGAGGCCUACAUACUCAGUUUUAGAGAGAGAGAGAGAGAGAGAGAGAGAGAUGGCUAAGCCUGUAGCAGCAGGCCUUCUCGUCUUUAAUUUUUGCAUGUAUUUUAUUCUCGCAUCUCUAGGCGGAUGGGCAAUCAAUUAUGCUAUCGACCAUGGCUUCGUCAUCGGCGCUGGUCUGGCUCUUCCCGCGGCUUUCUCCCCGAUUUACUUUCCGAUGGGGAACGCGGCCACCGGUUUCUUCGUGAUAUUUGCUGUACUUGCAGGAGUUGUGGGCGCUGCUUCGGCCGUUGCAGGGACCCGCCAUAUCAUGGCAUGGAAAGGCGAAACCAUCAGCUCUGCUCUUGUUCCUGCCGUCACUGCGUGGGCUCUCACUCUUAUUUCCAUGGGCCUGGCGUGUAAGGAGAUCAAUCUGACGCCAAGGAACGCUAACCUGAGGACCAUGGAAGCAUUUACAAUCAUUCUUUCGGUGACUCAAGUCAUCUACAUAGCUGUAAUUCACACCGCUGUUGGAAGGCCCAGAACCUGAUCUGAUUAGAUGUGGUUUUCACCACCACCACCUAUUCUUUUACUUUUACCUUGAUUUUCGCUUCUUUUGUUGUGGAAUUAAAAUGGUGCAAUGUACUUUUGUUUGGUAUGGUGUUAAGAAUUGUUUGUAAGAGUGAAUACUGGGGUCGUGAUUUAUUUAUUUAUUUAUUUAUUAUAUUGAGAUUGACUUGUGCUUGUGUUUUGUAAAUCCUUAUUCUUUAUAUGGGGACUUCCAAAAAC